GCUGUUGCAAGUGCGUAACGUAAAAGGAGGUUUGGGUCCUUUUGAAUGUGCGCGACCAGCACGAUAUCGGGGUCGAACCAUGUGUUUGGCCUGUCACGCCCAUGAAGCAUGUCCUGCCCAAGGGCUUUUUGGUUUUACACUUCCCAUGCUGCAUUUUCAAGACCUUCGGGACGCAUUUGUACUUGUCUUUCUUGGCUGGCUCUCCUAUCUGUUGUUCUGUCGCCUAAUCUUCCCUACAAGCUCCGUCACUCCACCACGAGAAGUUCCCGCAACUGCGAUAACAGCUAAACCUCGGCGAGUACUCUCAGCAGCCUUUCUACCUCGACGGACCCCAAUUGCGAGUUCUUGCGGACCAGUCUCUGGCAAGAAGAACCGGGAAAAUGAGCCCACCAAGGUCGGAGAAGAGCAUGCGUCGGCGGUGUUAGAAGGCAUAAGAUGUGGCAGGACUCGGGGCCCUCGUUUGCUACCACCAGAGUUACUCGAAAUGGUCUUGCUUUUUGUGGACUAUCAAGACCUUUCGUCUUGCCAACUCGUUUCCCGGUACUGGCACAGCGUCGCGAGUUGGCUCUUAUACGGGACGCUCCUCCAAGUCCCCAUAGGUUCACUCGAAUUCAUUCUGUCCAUAUCCAGCAUAACCUACGGCCACCUUGUAGCGGAAUGCGACUUUCGGCACUUGCCCAUCACUGAUAAGCAUAUUCAAAUGUUAUGCGAAAACUGUCCCAACGUGCAAUGGCUGGAUGUCAGUGGAACUUCUGUGACCGACAGUGCAGUGGAAAUGAUUGUAGAUAGACUGCAACGGUUGGAGUAUCUGUUUGUGAACUUUUGUGAAGAGGUAACGGCGGAAAUCAUGCCUGUUCUCCGCCGACGCAUGCGAUGGAGGGGGUUGGGAUUGAUGGGAAUAAAAUUUAGGGAUUUGGAUGAUCAUUUGGACGGCUUGAUCAUGGAGAAUUCAGGAUUGGAAGGUCUUUAUCUUAGUGGGACGAGUGACCGAAGUCAAGGUAUCACUUCUCGUUCCAUUCGGACGAUUGCGCAUCACACACCUCGCCUUCAAGCGUUCGGCAUGGGGUUAUGUGACGACGCUGGACCAGAGGAAUUUGUGGAAGUCGUCAAAAAUUGUCCACCUUUCCAAGAAUUGCUUUUGGAAGAUUGUAUUGGUUUAAAUGAUUCAGUUGUAUCGAUUUUGGCGGAACGGCAUUGGGAAAGUCUACGUACUGUGUCACUCAGUGGAUGCAGAAACGCCACCACGAGAGGGUUAUCCUUCCUUUUUCAGAAAUGCCAAUUAUUGAGAGAAAUAUACAUGGACACAACACAGCUGGAUCAUGAAGCUGUCAAAGUUCUGGUGGAGCAUUGUCCCCAUGUAAGAUGUUUACGCAUGGGGCAAUGUCCAGAAAUAGAAAACGAUAGCAUUGUGCUAGCGCUCCAGCGCCUACCUAAGCUGGAAGACCUAGUAGUUGGAUACUCGGACAGGAUCACCGAUACUUGGAUCGAGGAACUGGCUGCGGGCACUAAAGGCUGUGGCACGCAGGAACUGACUCCCGAAAGUAUCAGGUGCGACACGACAAUCAGUGAACGGAGCGAAUCGGUGCAAGUUCUUUCGUCGUAUGACGAUGCCGCGGUUACUACAGAUACAACGUUGUCCUUGGUGAAUGACCGUUCACAUCUCUCUUUAAAACCCUCGGCCCGCAAGUUCCCGAAUUUGGAAGUGCUCUGUCUGAACCGGACGGUGUUGCACUCAUCGUCGAUAACCCUCAUUGUUUCACUCUUUCCAAACCUCUGGAAGCUGUAUUUGGAAGGUUGUGAUAUUGGCGAUGAUGGUAUUAGAGCGUUGGCUGCUACUGAAGAAGUGGUACACGAGGAUCACAUUCGCACCGAAUCAAGCGCCGGCAGCAUGAUAGAUAAACGAUCUCUGUCCUCUGUUGUUCCAAAGUUAUCGGUCUUGGAGGUCCUUAACCUAUGUGAGGUUACCAUUGCGCAAAAGCAAACGGUGCAGGUACUCUUGAGUACAUUGAAGACGCUGCGCGUUGUCGAAAUUGUCGGAUGCGGGCUUCCCAUGGACGAUGUUGUCUCUUUACGACAAGAGUUCUCAGGUGUUGAUCUUGUUUUUGAUGACGAUGAAAGUUUGGUGGUGCUGGAAUUAGAUGACACUGGUGAUGCUGUGGGCGCUGAAUCAGAGGCAGAUUCCGAGGACGAUGCCGAUGCACCAGAGAAUGGGGAUGGGGAAAUGUAGAUGGAGGUUCUGUUGCUGUGUACGUUUUUUCUUUACUGUAUAUUAUUUUCUCUUAGUUUUUUGGAAGGGUUUGGGAGUGUAGUGGUCGACGGUAUCUGGUCGGAAUACUUUAGGGUCCGAUUAAUAGGCUGUAGCAUACUAUGGCGAUGCAGGAGUUUUUGAAAUUUUAAAGAACGUUAGAAUUUCCAACUCGUUAAACCAUACUUGGGAUAUAGCAGUUGAGUGGCACGUUGGGUCUGCUUCUCACUGCAAGAAAUGCAACACAAAUAAGC